CCCUCGAAGCUGUCCGCUGCCGCGGGCGAGGCCGUGCACCUCCCCUUUUCGGCCGCCGUAGUUGAUUUAAGGGGGACCCGGGGGGAGGGGGGAAAUAAACGGUUACCCAGCAACGAGGAAAAUCAACUAGAAGCCUCGGCACCAUCGCUGAGUGGAGGUACCACAGGCCGGUUCCUUCCAAGGAGAUGUCGAUUCCAUUCUCCAACACCCACUGCCGAAUUCCACAAGGAUUUGGGAAUCUUCUUGAAAGGCUGACAUGUGAAAUUCUGAGGGAGCAACCGGACAAUAUACCAGCUUUUGCAGCAGCCUAUUUUGAAAAUCUGCUAGAGAAGAGAGAGAAAACCAACUUUGAUCCAGCGGAAUGGGGAAGUAAAUUAGACGACCGCUUCUAUAACAACCAUGCAUUCAAGGAGCAAGAAACACCUGAGAAAUGUGAGCCUGGGAAAAACUCACUGGUGAAAGAGGAGACACCAGUCACAGCCCUAGAAUCUUUUGAAGAAGAAAAGGAUGAAGAGGAGAAUGCUGCUGUCAAAAUCCAAGCAGCCUUCCGGGGGCACUUAGCCAGAAAGCAGGUGAAGAAAAUGAAAUCAACUGAUCAUCAAGAAGAGAAUAUAGGAGAAAACAAGUGAGAGAAUUGGCUUUACCCCCAGAAAACAUGAAAAAUAAUCCAAAUCCAUCAAUCUUGCUGUGAUUGGCAUUUCCUUUCUUUGGGGAGGGAGAUUUGAUGUAGCGAAAUAACAUUUGUUGCUGUUGUGAAAAUCUGUCAUGAGCGUUUGUUUAAUAAACAUGCCAUUGAACACAU